UAUCGUCUUCUUCUCUUCACGUAGACAAGUUUUCAAUCUCAGUUUUUAGUUCUUCAUGGAGAACAAGGGGGCGGCUGCGCCGGCGGCGCCAGAGAAGGAGGAGGCGCAGGCGGCGGCGGCGGCGGCGACGUCGUGCUUCAAGAGGACGGUGGGCGAGGACGCGUCGCUGUUGGAGCUGGCCAAGGACCAGUACCGGCAGUUCGCGGAGGCGCAGGGUCGGGACCACUGGGAGUGCCUCAAGAACAAGGUCAGCUCCAUGUUCGCCGACCCCAUCUUCGGCGGCCUCAAGCCCGACUCCACCGCCAACACGCCGCCGCCGUCCGUCGAGUCGCAGUAGAUCGUCGUCGUUCGUUCGCCUGCCGCGGUUCGUCCUGCAGUAUAUCGUUGCAACUUUAUUAUGAGGAUCAUGGGCCUUGUUUUUAGCUGUGGGGAACUUGUAUUUGUAUCGUCGUAUUAAACUCGAGGAACUAUAUAUUGUGGAUUUUGAGUUUAAUUGAAUUAGUCAAGUGAUUAUCUCGAA